AGAUGGGAAAAGUCCGGUCGUUCGUUGAUUCGUAUGAUCGGAUCUUUGCGUCUAUGGCCAGCUUAACUUUUGAAGAUAACACUAUCUAGCACCAAGACGAAAUUCCAGACAAUCACAAAAAACAGGCAGAAAUCUUAGGAGAGGUGGGAAGUUGGAGUGAAUAUGUGUGAUCAAUGGGGUGGGAGUGUCUGGAUGUUGAUAAGGGGCUGGCACACAGCCGGGAGGCAUUGCAAAGCCCGGGCUCCCUCACUAGUCUGAAUGCAGAGGAAAUCGGAAAAUAUUCCAGUUGAGGAAAAAAAAAAAAAAAAACACUGUGUGACUGAGAGAGAGAGAGAAGCAAGUCCCCCGGCUAAAGAGAAAUAAUAGGUGCUUAAUAUUUCCAUUGAGGAGGAUGAGGGGAAGUUGAAGGACACUGAGGAGAAGCCAAUGGUCCGGACCGUGGAUCUGUAGUACUUUAACCCCUGCGAUACCAUCAGUGUGAGAGACUGUGUGAGAGGAGGCGAGAGCGUGCGUUGCUGCUGCUGCUGCUGCCAGGGGCUAUAGUCGCGCAUGGCAUAUUCCAAGGAAGGAUUCGCUUGGUUGCCCUCAUGGUGAAGGCGGUUUCUUCCUUAUCAGGACCUAUUUAAAGGUGGAAGUAAAAGGAGCGUUCCCUGUCUCUGUUGUAUCUCACGCCCUGGAGAUCACUAAGGUAGACAUUGAGGAGCUUAUUUUCUGUUGCCAUCAUGAUGAAAUUGGGAACAUCAUUCGCCUUUUUUGCUAGAUUCCACAUGCUUGUCCUUCUGCUGCUCUUGUGCAAUGUGGAAACAAUACGGAGUGAAACCACAACAGUUGCAGACUCUGAAAACCAUACUGAUCCCUGCACUGGUUCCUACUAUUGCAAGGAAGGUGUCAUUUUACCUAUCUGGGAACCUCAGAACCCUUCUUUAGGUGAUAAGAUAGCAAGAGCUACAGUAUAUUUUGUUGCCAUGGUCUACAUGUUCUUAGGGGUGUCUAUCGUAGCAGAUCGCUUUAUGUCUUCAAUUGAAGUAAUUACUUCUCAAGAGAAGGAAAUAACAAUUAAAAAACCAAAUGGAGAAACCAUUAAAACGACAGUAAGAAUAUGGAAUGAAACUGUUUCCAAUUUAACACUUAUGGCUCUUGGCUCAUCUGCCCCUGAAAUUCUUCUUUCUGUUAUUGAAGUUUGCGGCCAUAACUUUCAAGCUGGAGACCUAGGACCUAGCACCAUUGUUGGCAGUGCAGCAUUUAAUAUGUUUAUCAUCAUUGCUCUUUGUGUCUACGUGGUACCAGAUGGAGAAAUAAGGAAGAUAAAACAUCUGAGGGUUUUCUUUGUAACUGCAGCAUGGAGCAUUUUUGCCUACACCUGGUUGUAUAUGAUCUUAUCUGUUUUCUCUCCGGGUAUUGUUGAGGUCUGGGAAGGGUUGCUUACUUUCUUCUUCUUUCCAAUAUGUGUUGUGUUUGCUUGGGUUGCAGACAGAAGGCUUUUGUUUUACAAGUAUGUUUAUAAGAGGUAUAGAGCUGGAAAGCAAAGGGGAAUGAUUAUCGAAACUGAAGGUGACAGGCCUUCUUCCAAAGCAGAUAUUGAAAUGGAUGGGAAGGUGCUCAACUCGCACACUGAGAAUUUCCUUGACGGUUCUUUAGUUCUGGAAGUUGAUGAGAAAGAUCAGGAUGAGGAUGAGGCAAGGAGAGAUAUGGCAAAAAUAUUAAAAGAACUAAAGCAAAAACACCCAGAGAAAGAAAUUGAACAGUUAAUUGAGCUUGCCAACUAUCAGGUUUUAAGCCAGCAGCAAAAGAGUAGAGCAUUUUAUCGCAUUCAAGCAACUCGUUUGAUGACUGGCGCUGGCAAUAUAUUGAAAAGACAUGCUGCAGAUCAGGCAAGGAAAGCUGUGAGUAUGCAUGAAGUAAAUACCGAUGUUGUGGAAAAUGACCCAGUAAGCAAGAUAUACUUCGAACAAGCAACUUAUCAAUGUCUAGAGAACUGUGGAACUGUGGCACUUACUAUUGUUCGUCGUGGAGGUGAUUUGACUAAUACAGUGUAUGUUGACUUCAGAACAGAAGAUGGCUCUGCAAAUGCUGGCUCAGAUUAUGAAUUUACUGAAGGCACUAUCAUUUUUAAGCCAGGUGAGACCCAGAAAGAGCUUCGUGUUGGAAUUAUUGAUGAUGACAUAUUUGAAGAAGAUGAGAAUUUUCUAGUUCAUAUUAGCAAUGUUCGGGUCAAUGCUGAGAACACGGAAGCAAACCUUGAAUCUAACCAUGUAACUCCCCUUGCAUGUCUUGGAGCAAUCUCUACAGCCACAGUUACCAUUUUUGAUGAUGAUCAUGCAGGUAUCUUUACCUUUGAAGAGCCAAUCACACAUGUGAGUGAGAGUGUUGGCAUCAUGGAAGUAAAAGUACUGAGAACAUCUGGAGCUCGAGGAAUUGUUAUUGUACCCUACAAGACUGUUGAAGGCACAGCUAGGGGUGGAGGAGAAGACUUUGAGGAUAGUUGUGGACAAUUAGAGUUCCAGAAUGAUGAGAUUGUCAAAACCAUAUCAGUGAAAAUAAUUGAUGAUGAGGAAUAUGAGAAAAACAAGACCUUCUUCCUUGAGAUUGGGGAACCCCGUCUGGUGGAGAUGAGUGAGAAGAAAGCCCUGUUGUUAAAUGAGCUUGGAGACUUCACAAUCACAGGAAAAAUAUUAUACGGGAAACCUGUCUUGAGGAAGGUUCAGUUUAGAGAUCAUCCUAUACCAUCUACUGUAAUCACCAUUACAGAGGAGAAUGAAGAAAAACAAUCUUUAACCAGCAAGGAAGAAGAAGAACGUCGUAUCGCUGAAAUGGGAAGGCCUGUGCUAGGAGAGCAUACAAGGCUUGAGAUAAUAAUUGAGGAAUCCUAUGAAUUCAAGAGCACCGUGGACAAGCUAAUUAAAAAGACCAACCUUGCUCUUGUGGUUGGAACGAACAGCUGGAGAGAACAAUUCAUAGAAGCCAUCACUGUUAGUGCCGGUGAAGAUGAUGACGAUGAUGAGUGCGGGGAAGAGAAACUACCGUCCUGCUUUGACUAUGUCAUGCACUUCCUGACUGUUUUCUGGAAGGUUUUUUUCGCCUUUGUACCUCCAACAGAAUACUGGAACGGCUGGGCCUGCUUUAUUGUGUCCAUUUCAAUGAUCGGCCUCCUCACAGCCUUUAUUGGGGAUUUAGCUUCUCACUUUGGCUGUACUAUUGGGCUGAAAGAUUCCGUUACAGCAGUUGUGUUUGUGGCUCUAGGAACCUCAGUACCAGAUACUUUUGCCAGUAAAGUUGCAGCAACCCAAGAUCAGUAUGCCGAUGCCUCCAUAGGUAAUGUCACGGGUAGCAACGCAGUGAAUGUUUUCCUGGGGAUUGGUGUUGCUUGGUCCAUAGCUGCCAUUUACCAUGCUGCCAACGGAGACGUGUUCAGAGUCCAACCCGGCACCCUCGCUUUUUCCGUCACCCUUUUCACCAUAUUUGCUUUCAUAAACGUUGGCGUCCUGCUCUACAGACGACGACCAGAAAUCGGCGGGGAACUGGGUGGGCCACGGACUGCUAAGCUUCUUACAACAGCCCUCUUUACACUUCUAUGGCUCUUGUACAUUUUAUUCUCAUCUCUGGAAGCCUACUGCCACAUAAAGGGCUUCUAAACAAACACUCUAACAUAGUAAAUAUAUAUAUAUAUAUUAUAAAUAUAUGUAUAAUGAACUGAGGAAUUAAAGACUUUGCCAUUUUCACUUACCUGCUGAUGGAAUGCAACUGUAGGAGCAUUCCUUUUAAUGGGUAGGAGCAAGAAAUUAAGGUUUCUUACCCAAGGGCAUCAUGUUGAACAAGGCAUGGAUGCAGGGACAUCUUUGCAACUGUACCUACAGUGUACUAUAAAUGGUUGACUACUUUUAUUUUUGAAAUGACUAAUCUGAAUGCUAAAUGGGCCUUUUUUUGUUAAAAUGUAAAGAUGCCGGAAUUACUAGUAACUAUUUUUUUUGGUUCUUGGGGAGGGGAGGGGAGAGAGCCUGGAGAUAAACACUUACAUGAGUUUCCUAGAUGGUUACAGACCAUGUCCAAAUUCUUCUCUAGUACAAGUUCCAAUCAUGAGAAUUAAAGGGGGAAUAAUUACUGAAAAGAAACUAUCCUCCUGCUGAACAAAAGGCAUGUACCCACAAACAGGAGAUGUUGCAUUAGUCAUAUGUUAUAAUACCCCCCAAAUAUUUCUUUUUUGUUGUUAGAGGGUUUUGAAGGUUUUGUUUUGCCUUUUUACAUGUUGCUGUCUAUGGGGAGAUGCGGUCACACAUUAAGGAGCUGAUUUAUCAAAAAUCGAGUUGGGUUUUUUUUUCAGGAUUCGAAAAAAAACGCAGAGAAAAAAAAACAUAUGCUAGAGAGUAUUCUUUCAACCUCAAAUAGUCUCCAUUUAUUAAAGAAUAAAACCAAGAAAAGUCGCCAGAAAAAACGUGGCAAGUAAAAGCUGGCGAGGUUGUAUAAAAGUCAAUGGGAAUGCUCUCUGAGAACUUUAUUUGUUUAUUUCCCCAGUUUAUUAAAACAUUCGAGAUUUUCAGCUUCAUUGAAAAUGAAUGGGACAAUUAGAUUCUUACUUGCAUAAGACUUUUUGUUCCACGAUAAAACAUGCACGGGGAAUUUUUUUCUUAAAUCAGCUAGCAAUCGAGAAAAAAAUUUGCACAAGUUUUGUCUGCGUUUUUUCUCCUCGUCCGCAUUUUUUUCCCGACUAUUUCACAUUUUGAUAAAUCUGUCCUUAAGGACCCCUCCUAGAAAGAGUAGCCCUGAAAGAGAAGAUUGGGCGUUUGUGUGAUGUUUCAGCCAUCUUCUCCAAAAAAAUGCAAUAGUGCAGCCAUCAUGGAGCGCUCACACUUUCAGCUUGGUGUACCAAGGCAUAUUUUUUCUAUACAUGCGCACAUAAAUGGUAUUUAUAAGGUAGGCAGCUCUGAAACGCUCAGCAGGAUCACUGAUCUGUAACAGUGAUCCUUAGCAGAAUGCUCUCAGGUGCAUAUAAAUAUAUAAUACACAAGAGCCAUGAAUAUCUUUUAAAUUAAAUGAUAUCCUUAUAAACGGUGACUA